AUGUUCAUCGACGAUGUGGCCAUUGUCACCUGCCUCGUGAUCAACGGCCUCAUCAUUGGCGGGGCAUUCGAGGUCUACGAGGUGGUGUUCUCUGUUUACAAGGUGUUCUCUGUUUGUGAGGUGUUCACGGUCUGCAAGGUGUCCGUGGUCUGUGAGGUGUUCAUGGUCUGCGUGGUGUUCGUCGCCGGCACGUUCGGCGUCAACUGCAUGGCCAUCAACACUGAGUUGAUCUCCUCAGACGAAACGAAGUUGAAGUGGGCAGUUGCCUUUGGAAUUGUAUACUGA